CACUUUCGCCGGUUGUUUUCGACUCAACGAGACUGUCUGGAGAAACUUGAAGAAAACCUUGCUCAGCUCUGUGAAUCUCUCUGAAUAAUCAGGUGAAACGAUCAAUUGGAAUGGCCGAUUCGGGCAGCAAUGAAGAGGCAAUGAAACGCCAAGCACCAUCCGUAAAAUUUGAUUCCCCAUCAAAACCAGAUCCACAACAAGUGAGCCAACAAUCAAACCAACUAUCAAGCCAAAAAUCGAUUCAACAAUCCACUCAAAGCAAGAUAGAUCCCAGCCGAAUUGACACCAAGAACACCACAGUCACCACCACUCGUCCGACCCUUGACACUCCACCAGAAGAAGAAGAAGAGAAACGUGAUGGCUUCGGAAACUCGUUCGAAUUCGUCCUAACCAGCCUGGGUCUGGCCGUUGGUCUUGGAAACAUUUGGAGAUUCCCGACAAGAGCCUAUAACAACGGUGGAUCCGCAUUCCUGAUUCCAUAUCUCACCUGUGCGUUUCUCUUCGGCCUUCCAGCUGUCUACUUUGAGUUUUUGACUGGACAAUAUCAAGGGAAAUCGCCACCGGUGAUCUUUCGCAGAGUUCGGCCAAUUCUUGAAGGUGUCGGAUGGAUGGGUGUAUUCGUGGCGGCACUCGUCGCGAUUUACUACAUUGUGAUUGUAUCGUGGAUCAGCAUCUACAUGAUCAACAUUUGUCGCGGACAUUUUGCACUGUGGAGUCAUUGUAACAACGAUUGGAAUAAUGGUACAUCGUGUAUUACGAUGGCAGACCAAUACUUGUGCAAAAAUCACACCAAAGUGAUGGCGAACUCAACUUUGUGGAAUAGUAGCCUCCCGAUCCCUGAUAAAAUGGUUUACUUCAAUGGAGCAUGCCAAGAUGCUAACGGGACAGAUGUCAGUACUGCUACCGAGCAAUAUUUUAUGACUUACAUCGUGCAACCUUCAUCGGGUAUGCUGGAUUUUGGUGGUUUCAAUUGGCCUGUGUUUGCCGCCAUGUCGGUGUGCUGGCUGCUGACUGGUUUGGGAAUUCUGAAAGGCGCCAAGAUUAUGGGAAAGAUCUCCUAUGUAUCUGUACUUGUGCCGUAUGUACUUGUCGUUGUGCUUUUUAUCAAUGGAGUUUUUCAGGAUGGGUCUGGCGUCGGAUUGGAGAUGUACUUUGGAACUCCAAACUACACAAAACUUUACGAACAAGACACAUGGACUGAAGCACUGAAACAGCUCUGCUUCUCACUAUCAGUUGGCCAUGGUGGACUGAUCAGUCUCUCCUCGUACAGUCCAAAACGCAAUAACAUAUUCCGAGAUGCGUUGAUUGUGAUCAUCGGAGACACGACAAUGUCGCUUGUGGGUGGUGGUGCCGUCUUUGCGACUCUUGGCUAUCUGGCGAAAGCUACUGGUCAGGAUGUCAAGGAUGUGGUGAAGAGUGGAUUGUCGCUGGCGUUCGUUGUGUAUCCCGAGGCAAUGACCCGGAUGCCUGUUCCAUGGCUCUGGUGUUUCAUCUUCUUCCUGAUGCUUUUCCUGCUCGGAGCGAGUACCGAGAUCGCGUUGGUUGAUGUGUUCUGCUCGUGCAUCUACGAUCAGUACCCGAGAUUCAGAAAUCGCAAGUGGAUUGUGGUGAUUGCAUGGUGUUCGGUACUCUACUGUAUUGGAUUGGUAUUUUCUACGAGAGCCGGAUAUUACUGGUUCGAGAUGUUUGACGAGUAUGCUGCUGGCUUCUCGUCAGUGUGCACUGUUGUCUGUGAGCUACUGGUCAUGAUGUACAUCUACGGAUUCCGCAACGUUCGAGACGAUAUUACGGAAGUUGUUGGUCACGCCAGAAACAAGUUCACCGGUGCUAUCGGAGCUCACUCUUGGUAUUUUACCGCUAACUGGAUGGUGAUCUCUCCGAGCAUUGCGCUGAUUCUCGUUGGUCUCUCGUUCGUACGCGAGUACCCAUAUAUGGGAAGACAUGAUAUCUACCCGGCUGUCUUUGAUAUUUUCGGAUGGUUCCUCUCGUUCCUCCCGGUCAUCAUUGUGCCGAUCUUUAUGCUUCUCAACUUUAUCCGCUGCCGCAAUCGAGGACAUAGCUAUCGCACAUUGUUCAUGCUCCAAAAGCAGCACGCGUCGUACCGAAGAAUCGCUGCAAACUACAGCAAAGAUCAGCUUGCGCUUCAAGAUCAACUACCCGACAAGGAACCUUGGGAUGAGGAAAACGUUGAUUUGACCGAUUCGGAGUCUGAGAGCCGUAACGCUGCGAGUGGUGAUGUGCCGAUUGAUGAUGUGGCAACUAUUGAUACAAGCUCUACAUAUCAUCAAGUUUAUUAAGAAGGAAAGGAACUAGCUCUUAUUAUUGCACUAAAUAAAGUGUUGUAGGAU